CACUCUCCACAUUGUUGGCACCGGAAGAUCGUUUGCAUCACCGCAAACAAUAAAAUCCCUGAUUAAAUGCAGGAGGUGCCUAGACAACACUAUCAAUAUUGACUAUUUUCAGAGAGGAGCAAAGCAGCACACAGACGGUCUCUCCUGUUAAAAGCGUAUCGUUUGACCCAUGGCAAACUUCACUACUACAGAAGAUGACUGUUGCGCCUUUGAGUCUCCCAUCCUGGACCAUGUCCUGCCUCCCAUCCUGGUUCUGGAGUUCAUGUUUGGGCUGAUGGGGAAUGUUGUGGCUCUGUGGAUGUUUAUUUUCCUGGACACCUGGAAGCCCAACUCUGUCUACCUCACACAGCUGGCCGUUGCCGACUCCAUAGUCCUGUUCUGUCUUCCAUUCAGAGCCGACUACUACCGACGCGGCAAGCACUGGAUCCAUGGUGAUGCCAUGUGCCGGAUUAUGCUGUUCAUGUUGACGGCCAACCGCGGCGCUGGCAUCUUCUUCCUCACUGCAGUGGCUGUCGACCGUUACCUCAAGAUCGUUCACCCCAUGAACAAAAUCAACCGGAUGGGCCUGAAUUAUGCUCUGUGGGUGUCCCUGGGCCUGUGGGGGAUGAUCAUCGCUGCAACCGGGUACCUGCUGACCAACAAACACUUAUUCUACCGCAACAACCAGACACAGUGCGAGAGCUUCAACAUCUGCAUGGGCUUCAGCCCGCUGUCUACGUGGCACAACACCUUAUACGUGACCCAGUUCUUCUUGCCCACCGCCAUUGUCACCUUCUGCACGGUCUGCAUCACCUGGCAGCUGAAGAACAAGACGAUCGACACCGGGGGGAAGAUCAAACGUGCGCUGCAGUUUGUCAUGGCCGUGGCACUCAUCUUCAUAAUUUGCUUCUUCCCCAGUACAGUGUCUCGGAUCGCUGUGUGGAUCCUCAAGGUCUGGUACAACGAGUGCCAUUAUUUCAAAGAGGCCAGUUUGGCGUUCUACACCUCUGUGUGUUUCACCUACUUCAACAGCGUGCUGAACCCCAUCGUGUACUACUUCUCCAGCUCUGCCUUCAGUGGGAACUUCCAGAAGCUGUUCAACAGACUGCUGGGGAGGAAAGAGGAGGAGGUACCGCCAGCCUCGCCUGAGACUGGGACCGAGAUCAGCAGUGCAAAUACAGUGUCAGGGAGGAGUAGUAACUUCCAAUCACAGGUCCAGGGUGAGGGUCUAUACUCACAAAGCGUCUCAGACUUAUUCAUUGUGAUGUAAAAUACAAAACUGAUCCUAGAUCAGCACUCCUAGGCGUACUCUGAGACGCUUUUAUGAAAAGGUACCCAGGAGAACAAAAUAUCUGACUGUGUGAUUUUUCUUCUUCUACUCUAGUGGAAUAUGGUGUGUUCUAAAGAAUAUUAACCAGAUGUGAAGGAAGUCAAGGAAGGUGGAGAUAGUUGUCUGUUAGAUACGAAUUUUAACAUUUUUAUGUUAUGUUGAUGUUCUAUAGCUAAAAGUAGAAAUUCAUUAAUUGGUUCGCUCAAUUAAGAAUUUGUUUGCAGUAUAACAGUGGAAUCUUUAAUGUAAUAUGUCAUAUUUACAAUCCUUUGUCUUUGAGUUUUGUGUAUUUGCUGGUGAUUCAAGUAAAUUCCUUGUGAACUAGAAAAGUACAUUUCCUAAAGAAAAUGUGUGUGCUUGCUAGCUUGUCUUAAAGUAUUUAUGGUUGUGAAAUAAGUUAUAGUAGUGAUAGUGACUGCAGUAGAAAUGAUAUUGACUGGUUAUAGUUGAAAAAGUAGGCAGAUUUGAUUAUUUGAUAGAAUAGGAUAGCCUGAACAUGUGAAGUUGGUUCGGUGUCUCUAGCUUGAACAGUUACUAUUAGUGUUGGUGGUUAUUUUAUACUAAUGUUAGUUGUUUCAAUGUUUGUAGCUGAAAUUGUUAAAAAGCAGUAGCUUUUAAAUUGUCUACCACUGUGUUCUUAUGGUUGGCAUUGAAUACAUGAAGUGUUAUGCUAAUUUAUGCAAAUCAAAAUAGUUCAUAAAAGGGUUAUAGGAAAUUUGACGUUAGGAUAGCCUGAAUGUUUUAAAGCUGUUGUAGCUUCAUUGGUUUAGGAGCAGGACCGUUUUGAAUAGCUACCACUGUAUUACUAUGUUUCUCAUUUAAAACCAUGUUAAUUUAUGCAUAUUUUUUAUUGUUAUAGUUCAAAAAGUAUAGAUAGGUGGAAAGAUUGUUUUGAUUGAUAACACGAGAAAGUUAAUUUAGUGUCUCUAGCUUUAACAGAAAGUUAAUUUAGUGUCUCUAGCUUUAACAGUUCAAGAGUAAAUAUUACUGUUGGUGGGUUAUGUUAUGAUAAUGAAAAAUUAUUUAAAUAGUUAUAACGUAUAAAGUAAAAAUUGUUUAGUUGUUUCAAUGUUUGUAGCUGAAAUGGUGAAAGAGCAGUAGCAUUUAAAAUGUCUACCACUGUGUUGUUGUUUGACUUUAAAAACAUUACAGUUUAUGCAAAUGUAUGCAAAUUAAAAUAAAUUAUAUUUGAUAAAAGUUUUAGAGAGCAGUUCUUCCACUGUCGGGAGAAAUGGUAAUGCAUAUU